AUGGCGGACGCCUGGGAAGAGAUUAGGCGUUUGGCGGCAGACUUUCAGCGGGCGCAGUUUGCAGAGGCCACGCAAAGAUUGUCAGAGCGGAACUGCAUUGAGAUUGUGAAUAAAUUGAUUGCUCAGAAACAGCUAGAAGUAGUUCACACACUUGAUGGGAAGGAAUAUAUUACUCCAGCCCAAAUUAGUAAAGAAAUGAGAGAUGAGCUACAUGUUCGAGGUGGUCGAGUAAACAUCGUUGAUCUGCAACAGGUAAUUAAUGUGGAUUUGACUCAUAUUGAAAAUAGAAUUGGUGACAUUGUUAAAUCAGAAAAACAUGUUCAACUAGUAUUGGGACAACUGAUAGAUGAGAACUAUUUGGACCGUUUAGCAGAAGAAGUAAAUGAUAAAUUACAGGAAAGUGGUCAAGUAACCAUAGCAGAACUGUGUAAAACCUAUGAUCUUCCUGGAAACUUUCUGACACAGGCACUAACUCAGCGACUAGGUAAAAUUAUUAACGGACACAUUGAUCUUGAUAACAGAGGAGUAAUAUUUACUGAAGCUUUUGUAUCUAGACAUAAAGCACGCAUCCGUGGACUGUUCAGUGCUAUUACCCGGCCUACAACAGUGAAUUCUUUGAUUUCAAGAUAUGGAUUUCAGGAGCAGCUUCUUUACUCUGUUCUUGAAGAACUUGUUAAUAAUGGACGCUUACGAGGCACUGUGGUUGGUGGGAGACAGGAUAAGGCAGUGUUUAUCCCUGACAUUUACUCCAGAACACAGAGUGCUUGGGUGGAUUCUUUUCUCAGGCAGAACGGCUAUCUCGAAUUUGAUGCUUUGUCCAGACUUGGAAUCCCAGAUGCUAUGAGCUACAUAAAGAAAAGAUAUAAGACUGCACAACUCUUGUUUUUGAAAGCAGCUUGUGUUGGCCAGGGACUUGUGGAUCAGGUGGAAGCAUCAGUAGAGGAAGCCAUCAGCUCUGGAACAUGGGUUGAUACUGCACCUCUGCUACCCAGUUCCUUAUCAGUUGAAGACGCUGCAAUAUUGCUUCAACAUGUAAUGAGAGCACUCAGCAAACAGGCUUCAGCUGUAGUCUUCAGCGAUACUAUUGUAGUCAGUGAAAAAUUUAUAAAUGAUUGUACAGACCUGUUCAGUGAACUGAUGCACCAGAAAGCUGAAAAGGAAAUGAAAAACAAUCCUGUUCAUUUAAUCACUGAAGAAGAUCUGAAACAAAUCUCCAUUUUAGAAAGCAUUAAUACAAGUAAAAAGGAUAAAAAAGAUGAACGAAGGAGGAAAGCAACAGAGGGCAGUGGAAGUGUGAGAGGAGGAGGUGGCGGCAAUGCCAGAGAGUACAAAAUUAAAAAAACAAAGAAGAAAGGAAGAAAAGAUGACGACAGUGAUGAUGAGUCAUCUCACACAGGAAAAAAGAAACCAGAGAUUACUUUUAUGUUCCAGGAUGAGAUUGAGGAUUUUUUAAGAAAACACUUACAAGAUGCCCCUGAGGAGUUUAUUUCUGAGCUUGCAGAACCUUUAAAUAAAACUUACCUCGAAGUGGUACAUUCAGUUUACAUGUCUUCAACUUCUUCGGCCUCUGGAACUGGUAGAAAGCGCACGAUCAAGGACUUACAAGAAGAGGUUUCAAACCUUUACAAUAAUAUUCGAUUAUUUGAAAAAGGGAUGAAGUUCUUUACAGAUGAUACCCAGGCUGCUCUUACCAAACACCUGCUGAAAACAGUGUGUACUGAUAUCACUAAUCUCAUUUUCAACUUUUUAGCUUCGGACUUAAUGAUGGCAGUAGAUGAUCCUGCAACCAUUACCAGUGAAGUAAGAAAAAAAAUUCUAAGUAAAUUAUCAGAAGAAACAAAAGUGGCUCUCACCAAACUCCACAGCUCUCUGAAUGAAAAGAGCAUAGAAGACUUUCUUGGUUGUCUGGAUUCUGCAGCAGAAGCUUGUGAUAUUAUGUUGAAGAAAGGAGACAAAAAAAGAGAAAGGCAGAUACUGUUUCAGCAUCGGCAAGCACUGGUUGAACAGCUAAAAGUCACAGAAGACCCUGCUCUUAUUCUGCAUCUCACAUCGGUUCUAUUGUUUCAGUUCUCAACCCAUAGCAUGCUCCAUGCACCUGGAAGAUGUGUCCCCCAGAUCAUUGCUUUUCUGAAUAGUAAAAUUCCAGAGGAUCAACAUACUCUUUUAGUAAAGUAUCAAGGUUUGGUUGUAAAGCAUUUAGUCAGUCAAAAUAAGAAGACUGGGCAGGGAGAAGAUCCCUUAAGUGAUGAAUUAGACAAAGAACAAGAGGAUAUCAUUAAUACAACUCGUAAAGAACUUCAGGAGCUUUCCUCGUCCAUUAAAGACCUUGUUCUCAAAUCUAGGAAGUCAUCAGUGACAGAAGAGUAA